CAACACCCACCCAUCUGGCGCUCCCAUACACAGUCAUAUACCUACGCAGUACGGAGUACAGUAAGGUACCUUACCUUACGUAGUACCUUGAGGGAGUACCUUGCCCACUGCCCGUCGGAGUUGUCCUCCUCCCUUGUCGCUUCCAUUGGAAUCCCAGCCAAAAGACAUCCCGCUCGGGUCCCAGUCCCGCUCCCGCCCUGCUACAACACCACUGCUGAGGUGGACUCGAUCUCGCCGCCUCUCCGCCUGACCGCAUUCCCAGCCAACAUCCGCACCAAACGGCUGCCGUCAGCGCCCUCGUCUUUCCACAUCUCUCCCUCAUACCACCGCCGACAACCUCCGCAACAACAACUCUGAAUCUUUGCACGUCGCUGACACGCUGCUCCUCUCGCUCACUGGCGUCUGCCAUCACUUCCUCGAACUCGGUUGUCUACUGUUACCGCCUUCAAUAGAGACGUCGCACACCCUUUCUGCAUCGGCGUCGGUUGGGACUUGUUGUGUCUGGUUUGGAAGGAGAAGGCCAAAGAGACGGGCCUUGCUCAAUAAGUCGGACGUCUGACUGGCAACACCAACUGCUGCCUUGUCCACAGAGGUGUCGGCUCUGGAGGGAGACAAUCGUCAUCUUCCAUUCGCAGCCGCAACAGCAACCACAAAAGAGGACGCAUCUAUCCGACCCGACCACGGGUGUUUCUCUCCCUUGUGCAGCAACCCUCGAUGUCCUUCGACCGGCCCUCGCUGGCUACGGCAUUCACCUGAACAGAUCACAAUGCGACCGAGAACCUCAGAAACGGCAUCCCAGCCUUCUCAGGCCCAGGCGACAUCCGUUUCCUCAAACCAUCACCAAGCCCUCGGGUCCGCCCCGCCUCCAGCCGACACUUACUCCGACCAACAAUCACAAUACCACCUCCACCGCGAACCCAACCAGCAGCAGCAGCAGCAACAGCCUCACGAUCCGCCAACACAUGGGCAAGCAGCGUACUCUUCUUACAGCCAAACGUUUCCCGUGAUACCCUCAUCCUACUACCACGAGCCUGGCUCAUUUAUACACGACGACUACGACGAUUAUGAAGACUACGACGAUGACGACGACGACGAUGUGGAGGAUGAGGAUGACGACCUAGACAUGAGCGACAGCGAUGGAGGUGCUCCCUUGGAUCAUGUCAUGACAGUCACCAGCCUUCUGUCUCCCAUGUCCGACAACGAGGCCGAGAUGGACCCCCCUCAGUCGUUCUCAGGGAAUCAUCACUUCGAGCAACCCGCACAUUCGCCACAAGAGCAGCACACGUCCACGGGGCCGCCUGCUCACAUGGUAAACUACUGGAACGUAUCGAUUGCAGCUGGUCAUGCAUUUCUUGAUCCGAUAGGAGCUCAUCAUCCCACCCCGCUUGAUACGACUCCUUUCCAUCCCAUGCUCCAUGCUGGAGCCAUGGAUGAUGACGACGACGACGAUGAUGUUUUCUAUCCACCCGUAGCCGAGCAGCUCCAGCAGUUCCAAGCAGUGGUUGCUAACGAGGACGAAAUAGCAUGGGAAAAUGCAGGUCCGCCGGCCCUCAGCAAUCCUAAUCCAAGCACUCUCGGCCCGGAAAAUCCUGGUUUGACCGAUUUUCUCAAGGGCUGGGCCUGGCGUAACGGAUUUCAGUCCCGAGGACCUAGUCCUGGGAUUCGUCAAAUCAAUGCACAGGUCUCGCGGGAUGUCACGCGUGUACGAUACUCGGAUCUGGAGGGCGAUGCAUACGACGCGCAGGGCAUCGACUGGGAAGCUUUAGGGGUGACACGCAAGAAUGCUCGAGAGCGGAGGUGCCUGGACUACAAGAACUACACCAACAGGACAGAUUCGGACAUAUGGGCGCCUCAUCUGCCAGACAGGAUUAUACGAAAUACCGAAGAUUUCUUCAGGUUUCGUCGCAUGGACAUCCGUCAAAACGUUCACUUGGCCCAUUUUCAGCUGCGCAAUAUUCUAGCAUGCGCUGGGCGCAGCCAUGCCUUCUACCCGGGUCAGCGAGCCGUUCACCGGAUCAACCCCGUAUCCGGAGAGAGUGAAGUAGCCAUGGACCUCAACGAUAUGAUUGGUGUACAAAUUUCAACUUUGGACGCCAACUGCGGCAUCUUGAUUGCUGGUACUUUCAACGGAGAGUACUGCAUGCGAAACAUUUACAGCCAGGACAAGAAGUACACCGAAGGACAAAUUACCAGCCACGUAAGUGGCAUAACCAACCAUCUGCAGAUCCAUGCUUCCAGGAACUCAUCCUCACCGCUGGCCGCCUUCGCGUCCAACGACCAAGGUUUCCGUGUCAUGGAUGUGGCCACCGAGAAGUUUGUUCUGGAUACGCAAUACGGCUGUCCCAUCAACUGCUCCGCGCUGUCCGCUGAUCGUCGUCUGCGCGUAAUGGUCGGCGAUAACUACAACGUUCUGAUUGCAAACGCGGACACCGGUGAAAUAUUGCAAGAGUUGGGAGGCCACCGUGACUUUGGGUUCGCGUGCGACUGGUCAGACAAUGGCUGGACCGUUGCAACCGGUUUCCAGGACAUGAGCGUGAAACUCUGGGAUGCUCGAAUGUGGACCAAUUCAGACGGUACCAGCAAACCACUCACCACGAUUCGAUCCGAGAUGGCAGGUGUCCGCAGCUUGAGGUUCUCUCCCACCGGCAGCGGCCCUCAAGUUCUCGUGGCAGCCGAGGAAGCCGACUACGUCAACAUCAUCGACAUUCAAAGUUUAGCCCACAAGCAGACAUUUGAUAUCUUUGGGGAGAUUGGAGGUGUCGAGUUCACCAACGACGGCCAGGACCUCAAUAUUCUCUGCAUGGAUCGCACUCGUGGAGGGCUGGUUCAACUGGAGCGUUGCGAUAUAGCGUCCAGCUCCGAUUUUGAGUACGCACAUCAAGCGGCGGCCAUGGAUCCUUGGUGGAGGCCCGGCCAGAGCGGAAUACUAUCUGAUGCAGAGAUGGUUCAAUCGAAACUGCCAGCUCAGCGGGAAAGAGGGUACGACCUCUUUGAUGAUUUGGAGCCUUUCUGAAAGGGCAUGAUACCCCCUCAUUGUCGUCAGCUACAUCUAUCAAUGUUGGCUGCGUCAGGGAUGCAUUAAUCUACUAGCCGUCGGCGUUUUGCGUUGUUUCGGCCGGCGCGUCAUGGCAAAAUUGGUCGAUUUGGCGUUAACUUACGAGCUCUACCAUGGCUUUCGAACCUUCGAGUUGCCCACACUCGAUGUGUGUGUGUGUGUGUGUUCGACAUAUAGACAGUGCCCGUGCCUUGGUGCGCUGGCCUUGGGAAACGACGGUCAGGAAAACAUUUCCAGGGUCCGAGACUUUUACAAGCAUCAUCUUCAUUUCCUUUCUUCAUAUUUUGACAAUCAGCACAGCGUAUUCACUGUUCAUACUGCAUGGAGGGUUUCCUGACGACGUUACGGAGGGAUGGUGGGGAAGGUAAAGGACGCGAGGCAUCGGUUGGUGUCUGCUGGCUUUCUCGGUUCUUCUUCUUGUCCGCGAUAUCCUUACCAGGGACGUGGCGGUGUCAGUAUUUCACUCGGUUGCGUAGAAACCGCCAUUGGUUUUCUGGUCGCAUCCUUUUUUGGCAGGGCGGGACAUGCGGAUACACAUUACUUUUUUUUUAUAACAUGAUGGAUGAAAACCUCGGAACCUCGGAUUUUUCAGCAUUUUGGCUUCAUUCUUUGGGGAGUUGGUAUUUCAUUGCUCGGUCUGUUUACUAGAAGAUGGAUUCCAUGAAAAGGCCAAAGGAGGG